AUAAUGUUAGUAAAAAAAAAUUAGAAAAGUACUUUGUGAGACCAUAUUUAAAACAAAAGAAUAGGAAUAUGAUUUGUGACGGAACAAAAAGAAAAAGAAAGAAAAUAUUUUAUGGAUAUUUGGAUAUAUUGUGAUUUACCAGCAAACGGAUAUAUUUUGAUUUUGAGAUUUUUUUAAAAAAAAUUUUAUUUCUUUCUUCGGUCUUCCAAGUUUUGCUCUCUUUGUCUUGCUCAGCAAGACGACGGAACAGUAGCUCUCUCUCUUGAUUUGGUUCUUCAACCAUGUAGUUGAUUCAUUGCUCAAAAUUCCGCACGAUAUCAUACAGAUUUGGGCUUUGAUAUUUGAGAUUCAUGUGAUUAAAUAGGAGAAAUUCAGAAGAGAACAUAAACUGUGUGUGAAAUGGCCGCAAUGAGAAUUUCAAGAAUGAAGCAAUUGUAUUCUGUUAAAUCCGUUUCUCGAUUUGACGUGAGGCCAUCUGUUGCAUAUGCGAGCAAAUGCUAUCACACUAGAGAGUCGGGCAAUUUGCAGAGAUUUGAUCAAAAUGGUUCUGGGAUUGUGGGUUUCAGCUCUGCUAACUUUUCUCAGUAUUGUAGGGGGUUCAAUUCUGAUUUGGGUAUUUCAAAUAGUCUUCUGAGAAAUUCGAGUUAUCGGGGUAGUCUUUCGUUUGCUGGGAUAAACCCUUUGAUCAAUCACCGUUUCUUCUCAUCAGCUAGUGAUGGUAAAGGUGCCACUCCUGGAGAUGUUAUAAAUAGUGCGGGUGAUGUCAGUGUUGGUGGGGGUGAUUGGACUCCGAAACUUAAAGAAGCGUGGGAAUCUACUGUUGAGGCUGUGAAGUAUGCAGGUGAAAAGGCGAAAGAGGCUUCUGAUGAAGUGGCUCCCCAUGUUCAGCAGUUGCUUGAUGCCCAUCCCUAUCUUAGAGAUGUGAUUGUGCCAGUCGGGGGUACUUUGGCUGGAACGAUGUUGGCAUGGUCUUUGUUGCCUAGGCUAUUUAGGCGGUUCCAUAAGUACUCAGUGGAAGGACCGGGUGCUUUGCUAUCAAAUAGUUCGAUAUGGGGGCCUGUUCCUUAUGAGGAAAGCUUCUGGGGUGCAUUGGAGGCUCCAGUCCGAUAUUUUGUAACUUUCCUGGCUUUCUUGACAGUCGGGGGAAUGGUUGCACCGACUACCUUUGCUUCACAAUAUGCAACACAGGCUUGGAAAGGCGCUCUUGUUAUGUCCGUCGUCUGGUUUCUUCAUCGGUGGAAAACUAGUGUGAUUGCCCGAGCUUUGGUUGCUAAGGGAUUAGAAGGUGUCCGGAGAGAUCAGUUGCUGACUAUAGACAAAAUCUCAUCUGUAGGACUCUUUAUCGUUGGGUCAAUGGCUUUAGCUGAGGCAUGUGGUGUGGCAAUGCAAUCUGUUUUGACUGUGGGAGGCAUUGGAGGAGUUGCCACUGCUUUUGCUUCCAAAGAUAUACUUGGGAAUGUUCUAAGUGGUCUGUCUGUACAGCUGUCACAACCAUUUUCAAUUGGUGAUACGAUUAAAGCUGGAUCUGUAGAAGGUCAAGUUGUAGAAAUGGGCCUUACAACUACAUCAUUGCUGACUGCAGACAAGUUUCCUGUUGUCGUCCCAAAUUCUCUGUUUUCCAGCCAGGUAAUUGUCAAUAAGUCACGAGCUAAAUUUCGCUCCAUGGUCAGACAAAUUCCACUGCAAAUUGAUGACAUAGACAAGAUUUCUUUAAUAUCAGAGGAUAUAAAGUCUAUGCUCAGAUCUCACUCAAAUGUGUUCUUGGGAAAAGAGGCCCCUUACUGUUUCUUGUCUCAAAUUGAGAGAUCAUAUGCGGAGCUGACAUUUGGAUGCAAUCUUAAACAAGUGGACAAAGAAGCAGAGCAGGAUAUCCUUCUUGAUGCUGUCAGGAUCAUCAAGAAACAUGGUGCUACGCUAGGCAGUACUCGUGAAGACACUAUCAGUUGAUAAGCUGGAUGUGCUUGAGUCCUUUUGUUUUGAGGUUAGCUUCAUUUGCAUCUGUGACAUGAUGAAUAUACAAGAUACAACUAUGCAAAUUAUGUAGUGGAAGUUGCUGGAUUUUGAAUUCUCUAAAGGAUCUUAUCAUUGUCUAAAAGUAAGUUGGCACCUUCUUGAA